AUGUCAAAUAAUGAAGAAAAGAAACCAGUUUUGAAUAGUAGAAUUUCUGAAGCAGAAGAGCAAAUCAAAAUAGGUACAGACUAUUUAAACAAGGGAUCUCUUGAUAUGGCUAUGCAUAGUUACCAUAAAAGCGUACAAAUUGCUCCUAGUGGCGCUGGUUAUUUUAAUAUUGGAGUUUGCUACUUUCAAAUGGGUAAACAUAAAGACGCUAUAAAAUCAUUUGAACGCUCCUUAGAAUACACGCCACACUCAGCAGAUGCACACACAAAUAUAGCAAAUGCUUAUCUAAUGUUAAAAGAUACAAAAAAUGCAAUCCAACAUUUGGAACAAGCUUCUAAUUUUAAUCCUUUAGAUGGAGAAGUACAAUUUAACCUUGCUUGUGUAUACGAAGCAGUAGGAAGAUUAAAUGAAGCAAAGACAAGAUUUGAAAGAGCUGAAUUAUUAGGAAUUGAUAAAGCAGUCUCUGGUUUAGAAAGAUUAAAAAAGAAAUUAUAA